UCUAAUUUCUAGAGAUGGAUUUAUUUCGCCGAAGUUGUUGCAUUUUUCGUCCUCUAGCAUGUCGUCGGUGGCCUGAUUUGACAUUUUAUCGGUUCUCGGGUCAUAACAAAUGGUCAAAGAUCAAACAACGCAAAGAAAGUGCAGAUAUCCGGAGAUCCAAAGUUAUUGCAAAAUUGGUUCGGGAAAUUCGAGCUGCAGUGAGAGAAGGUGGUGCAGACGUCAAUCACAAUCUUCAACUCGCCAGCUUAGUGUCUAGAGCUCAGGAAAUGGAUAUUCCUAAAGCAACAAUACAGACAGCUAUCGGCAACGCUGCUGGUGGUCGGGGUGAAGGGGAGAAGAUGAUGGUUGAAGCUCGUGGCCAGACAGGAUAUGCUUUGUUGAUUGAAACUGUAACUGACAACAAGCAAAGAACUAGAUACGAAAUCCAACGUAUUCUAGUCAAGAAUGGAGGAACUGUUCGUGAACAAGGCUCAUCCUUGUACUCAUUUGCUCCCAAAGGAGUGAUCACCAUUAAUGGAAAUGACAUUGGACAGAACACAGAGCCAUUUGAAGUUGGGAUAGAGGUUGGUGCUGAAGAUGUGAGUGUAGAAGUCACAGAAAAAGAAAACAUAGUCCAGUUCCUUUGUGAAGCUAAUCAGUUGAAAAAGAUGAAGGAAAAUAUAGAAAGUACAGGACUACAGACAAAGUCUGUAGCACUGGUUUAUGUCCCACAAAACACUGUGGACUUAUCUAGUACAGAAACGGAGAAAGCAGUUAAACUGAUUGAUGCAUUGGACGAUCAUAAUGAUGUUGUUAAUAUUUUUGACAAUAUUGCAAAAGGUAAUAACUCUUGAAUCCUUCAAUUAAUAGAGGCAACAAAUUAUUAAAGCGAUGAGCGCAUGCUCAGUGAUUUAGAAUAUCAUAUAGUGUGGAUGAUAGUUUACGUUGUGGGAUUUCUAGACGAUCAACAAAGUUUGGUUGAAAUUUGAUGG